AUGUCUCUAAAUAUUUAUUAUGCUAGGGUCAGGUUGUCUCUGAAUAGUAGCAGGCUGACACAGCUUGUCUUCCUUAGACGUUUCCCCACUUUUUUUGGAAACCCAAGACUCGAUACCCCCACUAAGAUUGAAGCAAUCGAAAACUCAACGGCUGAUGGAGAGUUACUCCUGCAGAAUGCGAUAAAGCCUAAAAUUUUAGACCCUGAUAUUAUUCAAAAGGGCUAUACUUCGGAGUAUGUUGGCCACGAUAAAAUCGUCACUCCGAUCUUGCGGACUCUAGGCCAGUGGGCAUCAACAUGGCAAUCUGAUGCUUACUUUGCGCCCUACACAUCCCUAGUCGGUCCGACGAUGAUCGGUAAAAGUCGCUUGCUCAUGGAACUCUCCAAAGAAGUCUGUGUCGUUCAUAUUUGUCUGCGUCCCAAGUUCUCUACCGAUGAACCCGGACGAUCUCAGCUGGCAACUGAAAUCCUAACCGGCUUACCCGCUCAAUACCUAAUCAAGUAUUACACCAACCUCAUCGCAAAGAUCUUAUCGGUCACCGUCGAUUUUUUCAAAUCAGCUCCAGCCAACAAGGAUCGAAAGGAAGUUUUGAAGGAUUGGUACGAGUACCAUCGUUCGACUGAGACGGACUUUUACUCGGACGUUGAAUCAAGAUUCAGCUCACGAGACCCCACGCAUUCUGUUCACUACCUUCUCUGCCACGCAGCUCAGGAAGUCGGCAGGACUCCCUUGCUGAAACACACUCCCUUGAAGGUCUUACUAGCAAUCGACGAGGCCAACGCUUUGCUGAGAUCGCCACCCGAUCAUGAAGAUGUCACCCUCUUUCACAUGUUCAGCCAUGCUUUGAAACUACUACCAGAUCAUACUGGGGUCUUCGCGAUCCUAGUCGACACAACUUGUUCUGUUGUCAAUGUCAAACCGCCACUCGAAGAAGACCCCGACUCACGAGCUAUUGGCAGUCGUGCAGUAUCCGUGAACCUCUACAAGCCGAUUUACGAGUUACGCACUUUCGACCAAAUGGUCCUUCCUCAUCCACCCCAAAAAUGGGACAAGUUGUUCUCGCCAGAUCGACUCUGCCGAUACGGUGUUCCAUUCUUCAGCAUAUAUCUUCGUGAUGCGCUGCAAAAAGACCCUACGGCAGACCCUGCUGCAGUUGUCAGCCUGUUAAUCAAAUUUGCUUUCACAAAACUUCUCUGCUGCGACGACAUCGCAGACAAUCUCAACAUCACCGAAGCCCGGGCAAUUGCGUUGCUUGGACCUACUAUCGGAGUUCCGCUCCAUGGCCAGGCGCAUCUCAAUGUGGAACUGACGGCAUCUCAUGCGGCGCAUUGCGGCUACCUUGACCUAGCCGACAACACUCAAUUUAGCUUUUAUCCGUCUCAGCCGAUUUACGCGGCAGCUGCCAACAGCUAUCUACAGAAGCACGAGCAUGUGUUGAUAUCAUGUGUCCGACAUCUCGCUGUUGUCCUGGCCCAAGAUCACAGCAAUAUGAGGUAUGUUGGCGAAUUUAUCAGUAGAAUCAUUCUGCUGUGCGCCAUCAACAGAACCACCGUUGAUGUGAAGGCUGCCAAGCACAAAACCGUGACCGAUCCUGGCCGAGAUGUGCUGGAGCGCGACUCCUUUCCCGAGCCCGUUCUAGUGGCCAAGUUCUUGGAAACUCUGACCGGAUUACCGGCAAACGAGGUGGCUCUUGGAAGCUUGAUCGAUCCCCUUCACAAGCAAAAACUGCUUGCAGAAGGGAUCAUGUACUGGAACCAUUUCAUCGAGUCCGACUCGACUAUAACCCCUGCUUCUCCUGCCUUGAUCUUCAAAGCCUUGGCCAGAGGCGCGGCUAUCCAUCGUCCCGCCGAUCAUGAUCUUCAUCAUGACUCCUUUCAGCAACUUUUGCCAAUCUACUUCAAGAAAAAUUGGUCGGAUGAUGAUCUCGAUCUGGCUAAUAUCUCCUUCUGUGGAAUCCAUCUCCAAUCCCAAAACAACAACUUCAGCGAGCUCGAAAAUAUCAAUGGAAGGAUCUUUGACAACCAAUCUGCUUGCAUCAACGCCAACAAUCCCUACCUGGUGUUGCAAUUCAACUUGCACCACCCACCAUCUCCGAGUCAACGCAAUAGUGAUGAUGGUACUCGAAAAGCCAAUGACUCCACACCUUGGGCGGCGCCGGAGGAGGCUCCUCCAGACCAAGACCCUCCUGGUCGUCGUCAGGCCUCCUUACGCUUCGACGGUGUAAGACUCAAAAAGUGGUUGUAA